UGCUGCCCCGAUGGUUUAAAUCCUACACAUGCGUACUGGAUUUCGGGGUUCAAGGGAAUAGGCUACGCCAUAUUGGAAACACUGUAUAGUUUAGCUAACAGUUUAUUGCUAACGGGGGAAAAGGGCCACUAAUUGAUUCCCGUUGGUUGUGGCGUUUGGCACGUCGUUAUUUUCCCUGACGUUUCGCGUAGCCCCGUUUACAGGCACGUUCUCGCGGUCCGGACUCAAACUUCUCCGCUGAACGGGGGGAACGGCGUUCGCUUGUUUGACAGCGCUGUUAGAAAGACGAGUUGAAUGGAUCCGAGGGUCGCUUGGAUUCAGCCGGAACAGAAAGGUCCUGCGAACGCUUUAUGGAUGCGUGUGUGGGAGACGUCUCAGGUAAACCGGACUAACACCGGUCAGCACCAGAACCACCAUCACCACAACUUCUGUGUCAAUUCUCCGGCGUUUGACGUUUAUAAGACUGUCGCGUCCAAUGCGAAUAACAGCACUAACAUUAAAAACAACGGCACUGCGAUCUCGAGCAGCGGCUCUGCGGCUCACGCGUUAAAUGGAAACACGGGAGACGGCGAAAUUACCCAAAAGACCGGCUUGGUGGCGGAUCCCGCGUCCAGCUGCUCUAAAAUAAGGACUACAAGCCCUAAUAUGAUCGCUGGGAAUAUGAACAAGGGCCAUCCGUUUUUUAUUUGCAGCGAGAGCGUGCUGAAUAAUGUCAACCACCAUCAUCACCCUCCUCAUCCUCAUCUACGGCAUUUCCAUCAAGAGCAGCAGCAGAGUUGCAUGAAGCGCCACCCGUCCCAUCCGGCAGCGGUUCACAGCCACCAUCACCACCACCAUCAUCCGGGCCGGAGGAAAAGCGACAACAAGGCCAGCACCUAUGGGAUAAACUACCUGCUCUCCAACUGGACUAACGGCAAUUAUGACAACUCCGGCACGCCGUGGAAGACGAGGAAAUAUAACCCAGGGGUUGACGGGUUGCAUGAAGAAAUCAUGGACUUCUACAAUUUCAUGUCUCCUCGUCCCGAGGAGACCACCAUGAGACAGGAGGUGGUGGACAGGAUAGAGUCGGUCAUCAAGGAGUUGUGGCCAACCGCUGAAGUCCAGAUUUUUGGCAGCUUUAGCACUGGACUCUUUCUCCCAACCAGUGACAUUGACCUGGUGGUGUUUGGGAAAUGGGAGAAACCUCCGCUGCAGCAGCUGGAGCAGGCGCUCAGAAAACACAAUGUGGCAGAACCUUAUUCCAUCAAAGUUCUCGACAAAGCUACGGUACCAAUCAUCAAACUGACAGAUCAGGAGACCGAGGUGAAAGUGGACAUAAGUUUUAACGUGGAGACGGGCAUCAAAGCUGCUAGCUUCAUCAAAGAAUAUGUGAAGAAGUAUACCGUGCUGCCUUAUUUAAUUUUAGUGCUGAAGCAGUUCCUGCUGCAGCGAGACCUCAACGAAGUCUUCACGGGAGGAAUCAGCUCCUACAGUCUCAUCCUGAUGGUCAUCAGCUUCUUACAGUUACACCCAAGAAUUGAUGCUAGGAAUCCCAAUAUGAACCUUGGCAUUCUGCUCAUCGAGUUCUUCGAGCUGUAUGGAAGACACUUCAACUACCUGAAGACGGGCAUCAGGAUAAAGAACGGCGGCGCUUACAUGGCUAAAGAGGACAUCAUGAAAGCCAUGAGUAAUGGCUACAGGCCCUCCAUGCUCUGUAUCGAGGACCCUCUUCUUCCAGGUAAUGACGUGGGCAGAAGCUCGUAUGGUGCCAUGCAGGUGAAGGAGGCUUUUGACUAUGCGUAUAUAAUAUUGGGUCACGCCGUCUCACCUCUCGCACGUUCUUACCCCAAUAAAGACAGUGACAGCACUUUGGGCCGCAUAAUUAAAGUCACCCAGGAAGUCAUCAACUACAGGGAGUGGAUCAUAAAGAAGUGGGGUUGCAGACACAACGCCCACAUUGAGAGGAACAAGGGUCCAUCUCAUAAAGACUCCGUGGGGCAGGUGGAGACAGGCACACUGCUGGGUGUAGGUGUGGAGGACCAGCAGCAGAGGGACUCGGUGUCUCCUCACAGCGCAGACUCCCCCAUGUCCCUCUCCAGCCCUCAACAGCACUCCUCCGCCUCUUCUGCGUCCUCGCUGUCAGGCAGUGAUAUCGUAAGCAUUGCCUUUCAUCCAUGUCCAUACAACCCUAUAAACAUACUGCAUUACACAGGAUAUUCAACAUUUUAUUUUGUCACCAUGCCUCCGGCUGCCCAGGCGAGAGUGUCAAUCCCCAGCAGUCUUUCGGUCCACGCUCUACCUGGCAGACAGGUGUGUAUGGCAGAUGGACUACCCCCAUACUUCCACAUGCCCCCCCCUGCAGUCCCCCCAGCUCCCCCCAGUCCCCACCACCAUCCCAAGACAGGUCCCAAGUUCCCGCUGAAGGGCUUCCACAACCCCGCCGUGGUGCACAGUCCCGUCCUUUCCAACCGAGGCCACAUCCAGUACAACCGCCACACCUGGCGCCGCAGGAAGAGGGACAGUCUGCCGGCCAGCGUCAGCAGAUAAAGACCUCGUGCCUCCCCUCCGGAAGCUCCCUCUCCACUCCUCGCUUCCUCUUCCACCUCUCCGGUCCCAUCUUAAAACGACGAGAACUCCUUGAGCCCUCCUGCUGAUGGUGUGAGCACAGAGAGACCAGCGUUUGUAACCCAGCUCCUUGUUCAGUAGUUGUGGUGACGGUGGUGCUAAGUAGUUCAGUCUGGCAUUGAAUCUGUGCAUGUAUAUGUCGACUUGUUUUGUUUUUUUUUGACCUGUGCAGUCUUCCUGAGGAAGCUUCGAGAACAGGAACUGGUUUUUUUUGUUUUUGUUUUUCGAUCAUCUAAUCCACAACUUCCUGGUUGACAGGUGAAACGUUCCUUUUUUGUGUAUGUUUGUGUGUGUUUCAUGCUCUGUUGGUUUCCUGUCCUCAUAUUUUCGAUCUAAACGUGACACCCUUCACAUGUGGGACAAACUGGAUUCAGUGGAUUUCAAGUGGUUGUUUGUUUGUUGUAUCGGGGUGUAUGUAUGUGAAACGCUGGCUUCGAAUCCUGCACUCGAGAUGUUUCCAGAGAUCCCCACCGUAUUGACUGUACACAUCACGCAACCUUUACAUUUUUUGUGCAAUAACUUUCUGUAUUUUCGUUCACUCUGGAAACAUAUUUCAUUUUUUGGUUUUGUUUGUUUUGUUUUUUUUCUGUGU